AUGGAGAACCCCAGGAGCACAGGCAGUGACAACUUGGAGACUAGGACUGAGAUCAUGGAGAUAACACCAAUAGACAACAUUCCAGAAGAUGAAUCACCCAAGGUGGGUAUAGUUGAAAGACUAAGUCUUUGCUACUCCAUUGAUGGGGAAACUGGAGACCAGAGAAACCAGGAAGAGAGGCAGCAGGGAGAUGAGGAGAGAGAUUUGGGACAAGUAGCUAAAAGCCAAAAGAUUCAUCCAAGAGAUAAAGCUUAUGAAUGUGAUGAAUGUGGAAAAGGCUUCAGUCAUUGCUCAACAUUGAAGAAGCACCAUAUGAUUCACACUGGAGAAAAGCCCUAUAAAUGUAAUGACUGUGGGAAAAUGUUCAAUAAAAUGGGAAACCUUACUGUACAUAAUAGGAUUCAUACUGGAGAAAAGCCUUAUAAAUGUCAGGAAUGUGGGAAAAGUUUUAGUACCUCUUCAAAUCUUAAUGUUCAUAAGAGGAUUCAUACUGGAGAGAAACCUCACUUCUGUAAUUACUGUGGGAAAUUUUUCCGAGAAAGGUCCACACUUAUUAAGCACCAUCAGAUUCACACUAGAGAAAAGCCCCAUAAAUGUAAUGACUGUGGGAAAACCUUCAGUCAGAUGGCAAAUCUUACUGUACUUGAGAGGAUUCAUACUGGAGAAAAGUCUUAUAAAUGUCAGGCAUGUGGAAAAAGCUUUAGUACCUCUUCAAAUCUUAAUGCUCAUAAGAGGAUUCAUACUGGAAAGAAACCUUAUUUCUGUAAUGAAUGUGGGAAAUUCUUCCGGCAAAGCUCUGCACUUAUUAAGCACCAUCGAAUUCACACUGGAGAAAAGCCUUACCACUGUAAUGACUGUGGGAAAACCUUCAGGCAAAUGACAAACCUCAUAGUCCAUGAGAGGAUUCACACGGAAGAGAAGCCUUAUAAAUGUGAAAAAUUGCCACUCCAGCCUCUCUACACCCCAGGCUAUAAAACCCUUAUCUCCCCCAUGAACCACAGGCCAGAGGGAGCCAGUGCACAGGUUUUUGUGCAUAUCCUGGCUGAGCUGAGUGUUGGUGCCAGAGGCCUCUAUGCAGGUCGUGCCUGA